AUGUCCGUCUGCAGUUCCACAUGCUUCGUCACCAAAAACUUUGACAACGGAUACAAGAGGAAGGCUGCUGAUGUCCCAAUUUACAUUGGUGGGAAGAGAAUAAAGACCGAGAUUGACGAAUACGAGGAGCUUCCGGAGCCCGACUUCAGCAAGAUCAUCACGGAGAAUCUGGUGAUUCAUUUGAUGGAACGAGUUCGGGAGUUGGAAACGGCGUUGUAUGGGGAGAGCAGUCAGGACCGUCUGAAUGAAGCGUUCGUAUAUGACAAUAGAUGUGAUGAUACGACUGUGCCGGAGAAGAGUGUCGAUGAGGUAAGGAAUUUUCAACAUUUUCUUGUUAUUUGCCUUUCGUAGGUGUAGGUCUUAGCCGUUAAAAUAAGCAUUCUUUUUUGCCUUGCGAUCAAACCCACGAAAAACAUACCUCAAGUGCAAUGCUUAGAUUUUUCUGAAACUUGACAAAACUUUAGAAGAUGUUUUUUGGAGACAUAUACGAGACUCCAAGCUCGCGAUUUGCCGAAACAAGGUUUUUAGAUCUAAAUUUUGAAAAAAAAACGCAACCCUUUUUUGCGGAUUUUGACAUGAAAACUCUCACACUCCGAUCUCAAGCCGCAAAGAAAAUUUAGCCUGUUCCAAACUUUACUCGCGGAGUAUAUUUUCACCGCAGAAGAGUACUGACUCCACGAAAAAAGCGAUUUUUUCCGCGCUAAACUGGCAAAGAUAUGCUGACCUUUGAUAUGCGGCCUAUAACCAAAAUACGCGAAAAUUUUAUAUCUUUUUCGCACUUGCGAUACUUUGCGAACUCUAGAAUUAUCAAGAAUAAGUUAAAAGUUUGGCACGUAUAUUUUAUGGACAAAAUUUACGAAUAUUUUUCCCUGCAAUUUAUUGUACAAAUUUUUAGAUUGCAUUGCUUUCCGACCACGGAGACGACACUGAUGUCAAUGGCAACGAUGCGGUUUGCAGUUUGGCAACGGAGGCGGAGGAAGAACCUCAGGAGCUAGUCGAUAGUGAGGUUGAAGAUAUUGGAAAUCACCAGGUUGUAGUGCAAGAAGAAGAUGAAAAAUUGACGAGAUUCGUUGAAGAAACGUUGGAGGAAAGGGAAGAGGAGCAAGAAGAUGUUGCAGAGAAGAGCGUUGAAGAUAACCGAGAAGAUAAUGAGACAGAAGACAAUGCCAAAAAUGAUGACAAAAGCGAAUUCAAAAUUAAGGAAGAAAAUGAGGAAGAUGACCAAAAAAAUGGCGUAGAUAUGCCUCUGAAGAGUGAAAAACCCUGCUCAUCCUUCGUAGGAGACUUUACGACCGACAGCGAGAGUGAUUUGGAAGGAGAAACUAUUGUACUGAACCGGAAUUUGAAGCCGGAACCCUCGGAAUACAGCGAAAGCUCAGAAAAACCGGGCCUUCUUCAAAAUCUGGGCCGUUUUUUGUUUAGAAAAUGA